ACGUGAUGCCAGGAAUGAAAAUGCAACCAGCAGGCCGCCUAAGACUGAGGAUGUGGCUGGAGGAGCAGAUCGAGUCUGGAAAGUACCCGGGAGUCUGCUGGCUUGACAAGUCAGAGAGGGUUUUCCAAAUCCCAUGGAAACACGCAGGUCGUCACGGAUGGAGUUUGGACCAAGAUGCUAUACUCUUCAGGAACUGGGCCAUGCACACUGGUCGGUACCAUCCAGGCCAACAAAAAGCAGACCCGAAGACUUGGAAGGCUAACUUCCGCUGCGCCCUCAACUCCCUCCCAGACGUACGCGAACUGCGCGAGCGCAGCAACAAGAGAGGCAGCAACGCCUACAGAGUCUACAAGAUGCUACCUGCCAUGCGCCCGCGCAACAGAGGACUCCGGAUGCUGAGUCAGCGCUUCAAAAAGCGUCAGAGAUUUGGAGCACACGCACCAUUGAACACCACACACCAACCAUGGCAACCUCCAAGCGUCGCUUCAUCUGCAGAAGAUGCAUCGCUUAGCGUUUCUAUCCAGGACAUGUCAUGGGAGCCCAUAGUGCAGGAGGAUGGAACUGAGCAGCUGAUGGAUCAUUCCAGUAACACUGCUGAGUCGUGCAACCUCACUUGUGCUCAAAGAGGAUGGAAGUCUUACCCUAUGUGGGACAACUGGCACUGUCCAGUUGAUGACAGCCUCCUCUCCCUGCAUAUCGACAACAGCAAUGAAUUUUUGGGUGCGACAGACUGGUCCUUAAAUCAGCAGACCUUUCCACAAGAGUGAAUUAAAGACUAGGACUUGUAUUUUUCUGAAUUAGUAUCACAUACCUGACUCCAUGUUUUCCUGCCACUAUGGCUCUGAAAUAAAAGAUGAGACCCGAUAUCGUGUUCCAAGCCACGCAUUAGCUCAUGUAGCUUCUUCAUGCUUAAGUGUUUCAUGCUCACAUCAACGACUACCUAAAGCACCAAAGAGAAAACUGGUCAUUUAGCUGCAUUGGUCAGGUUAAGGUG